UACAUACAAAUGGUGAUGGUCAGCCAGUGCUGAAAUAUGCUGAACAGAAACGGAUUUGGUGUGGAGCUGACCACCGAAGUCUUGGCACUGCAGAUUUGUUGAUCAUAUGUCAAAUAUAAAAUAUAACAUGACUCCUCCUUAAAGCUGCAAAUUGUUUUGACCUAUCCUAAUCCCACAGACUAGAUAUACUGUAUAGACUGUAGGUCUGCUCACACUUGUCUAUAAAUACAGUUGUCUAUAAAUAAAACUGCGUGUUUCUGCGUUGGCAGAUCUCGGGUUGUGACUGGCCACCUUUAAACGUGCAGGGCUUCAGAUUGUGAUUGGCGCACCCUAGUGUCAGUGUUGAGCGCCCAGCGGGCAGCUUGCUACUCACCGCGUUUCAUACAGGGGCGGUGCUGUGAAGCCGCGGUAUGCUCCGCCCGCUCGGGACGUGUAGGUUUGAGUCUGCAAUCAAACGCAAAGUGUGUCUCUGCUCGAGUCACUGCGCUGAAACUUUGACAGUCCGGAGUCAGGCGACGCGCUUGAAGGAGAUGGGACUGGUGGGUGGGAGGACGCGUCCCGUGGACCUGCUGCAGGCUACCUGGCUGUGUUGUCUGUUGGCUGUUCAGGUGCACAGCUGCCCUGGUACCUGCAGCAAGUGUUGGGGCCCAGAAAAUGACCAGUGUGAGGAAUGUAGAGCAGGUUGGACGCUCCACAAUAACACCUGUGUAGAUAUUGAUGAGUGUGGCACCGAGCUGGGUAACUGUCCUCACAACAGCUACUGCUUCAAUACAGAGGGGUCGUAUGAGUGCAGAGACUGUGACCCAGCCUGUGUGGGCUGUAUGGGCAGCGGACCAGCACGUUGCAGGAAAUGUGCUUCUGGGUACAGGCUGACAGGGUCCAAGUGUUUGGAUAUAGAUGAAUGCAGUGACAGGGUACUCGCCUGCCAUGGUCUGGAUGAGAUCUGUACCAACACCGAUGGUUCUUUCCGCUGCGACUGUGCUGAAAGAUUCUUCCGCAAGGACGGUGUUUGUGUGAAGAAGCCACAGCCCAGUGUUCAGGAGAAAGGGCUGUUUGACGAUAUCCAGGACGAUGAGGUGGAGGUGCUGCAGCAGAUGUUAUUCGGCGUGGUGCUUUGUGCUCUGGCGACGCUGGCUGCUAAGGGUGAUUUGGUCUACACGUCUGUAUUCAUGGGAGCAGUGGCAGCCAUGGCAGGGUACUGGCUUUCUGACAGGGGAGACCGUUUGUUACAUGGUUUCCUAAAGGGACAUUGAAUAUCAAAACUAAAGAGGAUUCACCUGUUCAGGCAGGUGCACCUUGUGCAUUUACCCGUAUAUUGGUAAAUAGAAGUUACUGAUAAUAAAUGUAAUACUACUUUAGAUACAGAUGCUUACAGAUGUCAUAUAGAUGUUACAUUUUUUUUUUGCAUUUAAACCACUUUCUCCAUGUGCACAUUUAUAUGUUUUUCCAAUAUAAAUGCUGAUAUAAAUACUGUAUGAAGUGUGUUUACACACUUCAUACUCAGGAUUAUUCUUAUUCUGCAGGUGGCAAAGGCAGCAUCUGUCUUCAUUGAACGAUGUUAAAGGGACUUGGAUCCUUUUUAUAUUCAAAAUAUAUGAGAGUAGAGAAAACAAAUUGUUAGUUGUGAGCACGAAUUAUCAUAUUGUUAUUAGAAUAGGUUCCAAGUUAUCCGAAAUUAAUUCCAGUUUUUACCAUUUUCUCUGCAAAGCAGAGGCACUUCCUAGUUCUUAAAUAGAGUAAAAAAAAACACAAUUACACACAAUGCUCACCAUGCAUUUCCUACUGUAAGUCUAUCAUAUCUGUAUUAUUAGGGCAACUUAAAAGCUAUGAAAAUUCAAAUGAUUGUAAUUUUGACUAGAAAAUCACAACUAGAGACAGAAAGAAAGUCACCUUUAUUCGAUGGAUAUAAACAAGCUGGCCAACACUCAAUAGUAAUAUUCUGAUACAGCACAUACAAUAGCAAACUGGGGCACUGAGGACAGCCUCCUAGGUUUAAAAAAACAGGAAACAAUACAGAGUAUCCAUGCUUCAUUCAAAACUUUUACUCAGUCUUGCUUUGUUUUUUUCCUCUAGGGACUUCCUCUGAUUAAGUUUUGUUCCUUCUUUUAAAUAUAUUUCUCUCUUGUGCAUUCACGACACACCCAGAAAACAAAUGCAGUUGUGCGCACACACACACACACACACACACACACACUCACACACUAACUCACUCACUCACUCACUCACUCUUUCUCUUUUGUGAAUACAUUUACACCAGCAACCCCGAAAACAUGCUGCACUCUCACAGAACUGCACAGGCUGUCUACUAAGGGGACACAGUAAGUGAGACACACAUCACUCUCAAACACAACAUCACACCGUCACAAUGCACGAUGCAGAUGCAAGUAAUGUAUGAGGGAUGAUGCUUCAUGGGAGAUUAGCUCACGUUCACACAAGUAAUCAUUCAGCAUGCUGGACACUCACAUUUAACUUGUUCCUAGGUCUUUACUGUACAGAUCAAACAUUUACUUAUACAAAUAGUACAGUCUCAAACUGGCAUAUUCAAUAAAUAAAUAAAGCUAACUUAAAUACAAAAAUGAAUAAUAAAAAAAGUAAACACAAUAUUUGUUCUGUCAAACAAAAAUGUUUCUGGCAUUGGUCACAGUGAUUUGUUUAAUUCAAAGUUUUUAGCGACAUACAAUAAAAGAAAAACAACCUGUUUACAACAAUAAAGUGAAAAUGUAUGUUA